AGCUUUUUCUCGCUGCACAACCAACUUGUCACCAAAGAUGGCGAUUUGCUGAGUGCUCAUGGAUACACACAUUUCUCGGCUAGUUGUUAUCUUCACAGAAACGCCAACUUUUAAAACUAAUUAACUGCUUUCGCGAGCAACUAUUUCGCCAUUUGAAGCCAACCUGACACCACGCGAGCCACCGCUACCAUGCAGAUCACGCUUAAAACUCUGCAGCAGCAGACAAUUCAAAUUGAGAUAGACCCCGAGAAAACGGUGAAAGCCUUAAAAGAGAAGAUAGAAACAGAAAGAGGAAAAGACAACUUUCCUGUAUCGGGGCAGAAGCUUAUAUAUGCUGGAAAAAUCCUGCAAGAUGACACGCCUAUUAAGGAAUACAAAAUUGACGAGAAGAGUUUUGUUGUAGUGAUGGUGUCAAAGGCUAAGCCAGCAGCUGCUGCCUCACCGCCAGUCUCAGAAGCCCCCAAGCCCCCCGUACAAGACUCUGGCUCCACGUCAACAGCUGCCCCAGCCACAACGCCAGUUUCAGCCCCAGUCCCCACUCCAGCAGCUGUCCCCAUUCCCCCUGAGGAGGCCAAAGAGGAGCCAAGUGCCGCAGCCACAGAACAACAACCAGCCAGCAGUGGGAGUCAGGGCUUGGAUGCCUCCUCAGCGCUGGUGACGGGAGCCGAAUAUGAGGUCAUGCUGACAGAGAUCAUGUGUAUGGGCUACGAAAGAGAGAGAGUGGUGGCUGCACUAAGGGCCAGUUUCAACAACCCCCACAGAGCGGUGGAGUACCUUCUUACUGGUAUUCCCAGCAGCCCAGUCCAGGAGAGUAAUCCCCCAGCACAAGCUCCCACAUCUGGACCCACAGAAGCCCCAUCUCUAGCAGAGGGAGAGAACCCACUUGCAUUCCUGCGAACCCAGCCUCAGUUUUUGGACAUGAGACAGGCCAUCCAGCAGAACCCUGCUUUGCUCCCAGCUCUGCUCCAGCAGCUUGGCCGGGAGAAUCCUCAGCUUCUACAGCAAAUCAGUCAACAUCAGGAGCUAUUCAUCCAGAUGUUGAAUGAGCCAGUGGGAGAGGGGGGUGAUGCGCCAGAGGUUGGAGAGAUGGGGGCAGCAGGGGAGGAGGGCGCACCUGUCAACUAUAUCCAGGUUACACCUCAAGAGAAGGAGGCCAUAGAAAGGUUAAAAGCAUUGGGUUUUCCUGAGGCUCUGGUGAUCCAGGCCUACUUCGCCUGCGAGAAGAACGAGAACCUGGCGGCAAACUUUCUCCUCAACCAGGGUCAGGAAGAUGACUGAGCAGAAGAGAUCACUGCCUUCCUGCUCUUCCCUCCUACGCCUCCCCUCUUCAGCUCAGCAUAAAGACUGCACCCCCAAAUUACUGUACAGCCACCAACCUCAGCUCUACCCAACAAGAGGGGAGGAGAGGGGAGAGCCAGCAGGAGGGUGUGGGUGGGUGGGUAGGGGUGGGACUGGGUAUGGGAGGAGGUGUGAGUUCGGUUGUGGUGGAGUUAAAAAGUACACAAAGUGGGGGUUGUGUGCAGGAAAGAUCUGGAAGGGGGGGUGGGGUGGGGAGUGCAGGAGAAUGAUAAAAUCCACGUGAAUUCCAAUGGAAUGUGUGGGGUUUGUCUUUGGGAGAUCUAUACUUUGAUUUUAGACGCGCUUUGUGAACAUGAGGGAGGGGAUGCAGGUGGGUGGGGGGUGGGGGUUUGUGACGAUUGUGAGUGCUUGUGUCUGCGUGUGCGAAUACAUGUCUGGGUGCCUGUGCAGAUGGAUGCAAAAGCACUAAGCUGAAAAUUAAUCAAUCUGCAUUCUCUAAGUUUGUUAAUGCUGUAGCUGGAUGGUUGGAAGAACAUUGUCCUCACUGCACUGCAACAACAUUUUCAGUGUGUGUAACUGCUUGUAUGUACCUCUGUAAGAAUCAUGUACGUAUGUCCAAGAAUGAAAUUGGCCGAUAGACUGGA